UUCCUGUAAUCGUGUGAAAUUUUUAACUUUAUUUUAUACAGAAUAUAUUUGGAAAUACCUACCAAAUAACGAAGUGGUUAUAUUCUUGAUAAAUAAUUUUAAACCAUUUUGUAUUUGUAUUUUAGAACUGUACAAGUAUGUAAUAUAAUUGCUGUUUUUCAAUGUAUGCAAUUUUUCGUUAUUUAAUUACAAAAUGUGAAAACGAUCGAAUAAAAAUAUCUCAUCUAUCAACGUGGCAUCUAUUAAUUGUUUUAGUGCCCUCUAGCGCCUAUGUAUAUAGUCACUGUAUCUACUACAAGUUGUUUUGACAGAUCGUAUGGUUAGGUUGGAUUGCAUUCUAAAUGUACAGUUGUUUCAUGUAUAAUAAAAUAUAAAUUGUAUAAAAAGAUGGAAAACGAUAGCCCUAUAAUAUAUGGACUUGAAUUCCAAACAAGAGCACUAUCGGCUCAAACAGCAGAAACCGAUGUUGUUAGAUUUUUUGUAGGAACACAGUCUUUGAAAUUUAAUAAUAAUCAAGUUCAUGUGGUGGAACUUAAUGAAGAAACAGGUGGUUUAAAGACACAAGUGUUUCAUCAUCCUAUUGGUGAAAUUUGGUCUUUACAAGCAUCUCCUACAGAUCCCAAUGUAUUUAUUACCUGUUAUAAUAGUUUAAGCGAUGAUGGUUCCUGUCAAAUGAAAGGAGCUCUUUGGAAGUUGCCAGAAUUGAAGGAAUAUACAAAUGAUGUUGAAGACCUUAAAAAGUUAGCAGAAAUUGAUACAACGCCGUAUGGUACAGAUCUUAAAACCAUUGCUUAUCAUCCAAUGGAAUCGACAAAAGCUGUAUCAGUUGUAGAUAAUAAAUUUGUAUUAUGGGAUUUAACUGAAAAUGGACCACAGACCGUCACUUUUGGUACUUUGGCUGGUAAAAGUCAACCACGUUUCACAAAUGGAAAAUGGAAUCCUCACAAUGGUUGCAAUCAAUUUGUUACUUUAAAUGAAAAUAACGUUCGUGGAUGGGACUUUAGAAAUCCUUCUGAAGCAUCUUGGACAAUUUUGUCUGCUCAUUCUCAAAUAAUCAGAGAUUUAGAUUUUAAUGCAAACCGACAGUACUUCUUAUCUACAUGUGGAGAUGACGGUUACAUGAAAUUCUGGGAUAUUAGAACACCCACGGAACCAAUACUAUCGCGUAUGGAACAUUCUCAUUGGGUGUGGAAUAUUAGAAUAAAUCGUUUCCAUGAUCAAUUAGUUUUAACUUCCAGUAGUGAUUCAAGAGUAAUAUUAUGUAGUAUUGCGUCAAUUUCUUCAGAACCAUUUGGACACAUAGUUUCUACUGAAGAUGAUUAUACACAAAAUGACUACAGUUGCAAGAAAGACAAGCUAGAAGAUGGAGUUGUGGGUAGAUACGAAGAACACGAAGAUAGCGUUUAUGCGGUAGAAUGGUCAUCCGCGGAUCCUUGGACAUUUGCAUCGCUAAGUUAUGAUGGCAGAUUGGUUCUUAAUAAAGUGCCCAGAAAAUACAAAUACCAAAUACUACUUUAAACUUACUGUGUGUGUAUAUAUAUAUAUAUAUAUAUAUAUAUAUAAAAAU